AUGAAGCUUAGUACUCUUACAGUCUUUUGUGGCUUAGUCAAUGCUCUCCCACCCUCCAACUACCUCAACUGGAAAACAUUCAAAGCCAAUGGAGUCAAUAUCGGCGGCUGGUUACAUCAAGAAGCCGUCAUUGAUCCCAGGUGGUGGAAUCAGUAUGCACCUGGCACACCUGAUGAAUGGGACUUCUGCGCAAAACUGGGUUCACGAUGUGGUCCAAUUUUAGAGCAACGAUACAGCUCUUUCAUCACCACCAAGGACAUUGAUGCCAUGGCCAAGGCUGGAAUAAACGUCAUCCGAAUUCCUACUGGAUACAAUGCCUGGGUUACUGUCCCAGGCUCUCAACUGUAUAGUGGUAAUCAAGCCCGCUUUCUCAGAGUCAUCUCCGACUAUGCCAUCAAGAAGCAUGGCAUUCACGUUAUUCUCGAUAUCCACUCUCUCCCUGGAGGUCUUAACGGUAUGGGACUUGGUGAGAAAGAAGGCAAUUAUGGUUGGUUCCAGAACCAAACCGCCCUUGAUUAUUCAUACAAGGCCGUCGACGCUGCCAUCAAAUUCAUCCAAGAGUCAGAUGUUCCUCAAGGUUUUACCCUAGCACCAAUAAACGAACCUGUCGACAAUCGAGACAUUACCAAGUUUGGAACACCUGAGGCUUUGUCCGAUCAAGGAGCUGCUUGGGUUCUCAGGUAUUUCCAAGGAGUCGUAUCACGGGUUCAGAAGAUCAAUCCUAAGAUACCUAUUAUGCUCCAAGGUGGUUUCCGGCCGGUUGACUUUUGGGUCAAGAACUUUGCUGCCAACACGAACAUUGUUUUUGAUGUUCAUCAUUACUACUUUGCUGGUCGUCCAGCUACUUCGCAAAACCUGCCCGAGUUCAUCUGUACCGACGCCAAGGCUUCUGCUGAGCCAAAGUUUCCGGUGUUUGUCGGAGAAUGGUCUAUUCAGGCUACUAGCGAUAAUAAUUUUUCUAGUCGCGCAUUCAACCUCAAUACUGGUCUCCAGGCAUGGUCCAGGUAUACUCGAGGAAGUUCCUACUGGACUUGGAAGUUUUUUGGCAACGUGCCCGUGGAAGGUGAGGGAACUCAGGGAGGUUAUUGGAACUACUCUGAGUUUGUGAAGAUGGCAAUUAUUAAUCCGUCGACUGGAAUUUCUUGCAAGUAA